CUAGGGCCUCAGGUCUCCUAGCAACAAGUUGUAGCGUACGAGGACGGCCGCGGAGUUGAUACUGUUAAGAAACUCGCAAUUUGUGCCCUGAAAAGCCAUAAUGGAGAUAUCAAUGCCUCCACCUCAGAUAUAUGUAGAAAAAACUCUGGCCAUUAUCAAACCAGAUAUUGUUGACAAAGAGGAGGAGAUACAAGAUAUUAUUCUCAGAUCCGGAUUCACCAUUGUUCAGAGAAGAAAACUACACCUCAGCCCUGAGCAAUGUAGUAACUUUUAUGUGGAACAGUAUGGAAAAAUGUUUUUCCCCAAUUUAACAGCUUACAUGAGUUCUGGACCACUUGUCGCCAUGAUAUUAGCUAGACAUAAAGCCAUCUCUUAUUGGUUAGAACUUUUGGGACCAAAUAAUAGCUUAGUAGCGAAGGAGACACAUCCAGACAGUCUAAGGGCAAUUUAUGGCACAGAUGACCUAAGGAAUGCACUUCAUGGGAGUAAUGACUUUGCUGCUGCGGAAAGAGAAAUACAUUUUAUGUUUCCUGAAGUGAUCGUUGAGCCCAUUCCAAUUGGACAAGCUGCUAAGGACUAUUUAAAUUUACAUAUAAUGCCAACUUUGCUUGAAGGACUCACAGAGCUUUGUAAGCAAAAACCAGCAGAUCCUUUGAUUUGGCUAGCUGAUUGGCUGCUGAAAAAUAAUCCUAACAAACCCAAACUUUGUCACCAUCCAAUUGUAGAAGAACCUUAUUAAAAAAAUCCUUGAAAGAACAAAUCAUGAACUAUCUUAUUGUAAAAGGCUGUAUUUCUAUUGUUUGAAAAAAUUAUUUCUAGGGUUUAAGUAACUACAAGUAAAAUAAAUUUAUUUCUUAAAAAUAA